AUGUCGAAGCCCGAAUGUACCAACACGAACACAGUGAGCGACGUCAAGAACAACAUCACCAUGAUCGAGGGCGUUGAGUCACCCAAGGAGGUAACCGGCUUCGAGAAUGACGCCGCUCUCGGUACCCAACAAGAGAAAGAUAUGCCUCUCGGGACAGCUUUCAAGCACUACAGGAAAGCUGCCAUAUGGUCCAUCACGAUCUCCAUGGCCACCAUCAUGGAGGCCUAUGAUAUGCAGCUUAUCAGCUCCUUCUAUGCUUUUCCCCAGUUUAACCGCAAAUACGGCACGCAGCUUCCUAACGGCACAUAUCAAGUCGACGCGAAUUGGCAGCUGGGUUUAAGUUUCGCCUCGCUGAUAGGCCUCAUCUUUGGUGUCUUCGCGAGUGGAUACUUAGGCGACAAACUUGGUCCCCGUUAUGUCAUGAUCGCCGCCCAUUGCAUUCUUACGGCUUUCAUUGCAAUUAUUUUCACGGCCCCAAAUAUUGAGAUUCUGUUCGCAGGUGAGAUUUUGUGCGCCUGCAUGUGGGGUCUCUUUGCUGCAGCAACUCCGACCUACGCAGCAGAGAUCGUUCCAAUGGCUUUACGAGGCUACCUCACCACCUAUGUCAAUCUCUGCUGGGUUAUUGGCCGCAUUCUCGCGACCGGCGUCUUGCGGGGCAUGCUACCCAUCCAGUCGGAGUGGUCCUACAGAAUACCCUUUGCGCUCCAGUGGAUGUGGCCACCGUUCCUGAUCGCCGCAACUUGGUUCGCUCCUGAGAGCCCGUGGUGGCUCAUACGUAAGGGACGCAUCGAAGAAGCGAGAAAGACACUGGAUCGACUCGAUAGCGCACCUGUCGGAGCCGUCAACAACGACCACAGACUCGCCAUGAUGCAACACACUAUCGAGAUUGAGCGCAAGCUUAAGGUCGGUGGAUCGUUCAUCGAUUGCUUCAGGGGCACGAACCUCCGCCGUACGGAGAUUGCCAUGAUAUCUUGGGGAGGACAGAUCCUCCCAGGCUUCGUCAUUCAGAGUUACACCACGUACUUUUUCACUCUAGCAGGACUCCCAUCGAGUGAUUCUUUCAGCCUGACGCUUGGGACGUACGGUAUGGCAUUCGUCGGUACUUGCUUAUCGUGGUUUCUCCAGCCUCGCAUGGGGCGUCGUACCAUCUACAUCGCUGGCCUUGCCAUUAUGCUGCCAAUCAUGUGGAUCGUUGCUUUUCUUGAAUUUGCGCCCAACGCGGCCACCAACUCAGGCAUCAAAUGGGUUCAGUCUUCCAUCUUGAUGAUCUGGUUCUUCACCUACGGUAUCACCAUCGGCCCAAUUCCAUACGCUAUCGCCGCUGAGGUUGGUGCUGUUCAGUUGCGCUACAAGACGAUAGCGCUUGGUCGAAACAUGUACUACUUCCUGUCCAUUGUCAACGUGACCAUCUCGCCGUAUAUGCUCAAUCCGAGUAGGUGGGAUCUCAAGGGGAAGGCUGCUUUUCCUGCUGCUAUUCUAAAUGUUUGCUUGUUGCUGUGGGCUUUCUUCCGGCUGCCUGAAACGAAGGGUAUGACGCCAGAAACUCUGGACAAGUUGUUUCAUGAGAAGGUGCCAGCGCGCAAGUUCAAGAAGGAGGCGGCGCGCUUCCAGUAG